AUCCGGGUAUUCAGAAGAUAUUCAUGGCCAAAGACAAAUCACUUCUUGUGCUAUGGAUCUCUGUUGCGGUAUUGGCUGCUGUACUUACUGUCACUAUACUGGCAUGUAUUUUACGUCGAAAAGCAAGGAAGAUGAAAAAUCAAAAACAACUGAGAAAGGAAUCUGCAACAAUACUUGAAAAUUUCCAAAGCAUCGAAGAAAUCGUUUGGUCGUAUUCACGAAGGACAAGAGACAAAGUAUUCGAGGACGACAAUUACCGGCCGUGGCCGUACCUAGAACCCCAUAACGGCCCUAUAUACGACGGCAGAGCAAGACUUGAUUCGUCAAUUGCACGUCCGUGGAUAACAGGUGGUAAAAGAACUAAUCCAAUAUUCGACGAUACUAGUAAUAGAGGUACACUUGAGCAUCCACCACACCCUUUAGAAAGAACAUGGAGGCAAGCUAGUCAGUCGUAUGAUAUUGGUUUUACUGACAGUCUCCAGAGACAAUUAAAUGAAUGGAAUAAAGAUGAAAGAGCAAAUGAAGAGGAAACAUUUACCAGAGCUAAAAAUGUAAAUAUCAAUCCAGGUAGAAAUUGGUUGAACAAGAAUAACAGAGAUCCAUCAGUUCGAUCUUCCAGCCUUGGUUUUGGAGACAGUCUUCAUAGAGAGUUGUAUCAAUGGGCAAACCAGGGAAAACCAAAAAGAAUUGACCUUCAAAGUAUAAAUCAGCAUGAAAUGAAUGAAAAACAUGCCUGGGAAGGGCGUCGUGUGUCUGCACCAGCAUGGACUGGAAGGCUAGUCCAAAGUGAAGAAAUAACCUCAGACCGUCAUCGCAAGUCCUUUCCAGUAAUUGUAUUGACUCACUUGGCUCMGAAAACAACCAGCCAAACUUUGAAUCAAACUGAAGAUCAAAAUUUGACACCAAAAAUGAACAAAAAGAGGAUUACCUUGAGAGAUAUGCAGAGUGAGAGACAACAGAAAUCAGGAACUGGGCAUUUCUACACAAAGAACCAGAAAAUGUUUGAAAACUACAAGAAGAAAAUACGUGAGGGAGGGGCCCCUGAGGUUCUUUAUUUUCAUUACUAAGACAGCUGUACUUUAAAUUCCAAACCUUUUUCUAAAAGCUGAGAUCAUAUUAUGUUAAAAGUAAAGUUUCAAGUUCUUGUUUUGUUUAACCCUUGAACAGGCAUGCGGACGAAUUCGUCCGCUAAUCGACCACUCUCUUUUAAAA